AGAAGCUUAAGGAAGCCUGAAACAUUUGCAAUGCCUAACCAACAAGAUCAAGAGUGGGAUGAAGCACAAAAGAUUGUCAUAAGCACAGACCUCACUACAGCAGCUAAGAAGCACCUACAGUUCCUUGAAGUUGUUGACAAGAAUGGACAUCUUUAUGAUGGUCCAGCUCUUGAAAAGGCUAUUUUUAGGUACAAGUAUUAUUGGCUUCCUUUGCUUGCUGAAUAUACCAACUUGUCGCAGCUUCCAGAAUGCCAGUUUGUUGUGCCACUCGAUUGCGAGUGGAUUUGGCAUUGCCACAGGCUUAAUCCCGUUCGCUACAUGGUAGAUUGUAUAGAACUCUUUGGGAAAGUCCUUGACCCUGGCUGUGUGGUAGUCUCUUCUGUUGAAGGAGCUUGCAAAAAACAAAGUGAAGAGAUAUGGAGUAAAAAGUAUCCACAAGAACGCUAUGAACUCAAUUUUGGAGAUCAUAGCAUUAAAAAUGAUACUCAUAGCAGAUUGCCGGACGUACCUAGCACCAACUAUGAUCUAAUUUCAGCCGUCAAAAGGCAGAGUUCAUUCUAUCACAAGGUUUCCGGGGCUAUUUAUAGGGAGGAUCUCUAUCUUGAAGAAGCAGUUAAGAGAUACAAAGGGUUUUUGCAUCUAGUCAGUAGAAACAUAAAGAAGAAGUUGAACAACCCUUGUGUUCCAACCUACGAUAUAGACUUAAUGUGGCACACUCAUCAGCUAUAUCCUCGCUCUUAUUGUAAGGAUGCCAUGGCUUUAGUAGGUCAGAUGUUACACCAUGAUGACACUGACACUGAUCAAUCGAAAGGUGGAAAGUUGGAUGUUAGCAUUAAAACAACCACACAACAGUGGAGUGAAAUGUUCGGUUCCUUGUACUGGAGGGUAGGGUCGAGAUCUAGUGACACAUUUAUGGACACCGAGGGAGAACAUUCGACUGCGAUAGCGGCAAGAUGUUGGUGCCUCACUGAGCCCAUGGUGAACGUGAAGUCGGCUACUAGAUGCAAGUGUAUCCCUGCUGAGAACUUGGUGAACGAGAAGUCGGCUGCUAGAUGCAAGUGUAUCCCUGCCAAGCACAUGGUGAACGAGAAGUCAGCUGCUAGAUGCAUGUGUGUCCCUGGUGAGCACAUGGUGAACGAGAAGGCGGCUGCUAGAUGCAAGUGUAUCCCUGCUGACCACAUGGUGAACGAGAAGUCGGCUGCUAGAUGCUUGUGUAUCCCUGCUGAGCACAUGGUGAAUGAGAAGUCGACUGCUAGAUGCAAGUGUGUCCCUGCUGAGCACAUGGUGAAUGAGAAGUCGGCAGCUAGAUGCAAGUGUGUCCCUGCUGAGCACAUGGUGAAUGAGAAGUCGGCUGCUAGAUGCAAGUGUAUCCCUGCUGAGCACAUGGUGAAUGAGAAGUCUGCUGCUAGAUGCAAGUGUAUCCCUGCUGAGCACAUGGUGAAUGAGAAGUCGGCUGCUAGAUGCAAGUGUAUCCCUGCUGAGCACAUGGUGAACGAGAAGUCGGCUGCUAGAUGCAAGUGUAUCCCUGCCGAUAUGGAGGACAAAGUGGAGUCGUCUGCUUGGACCGCAAGAUGUUGGUGCCUCACCGAGCAGAUGGAUGGACAGAAAUUGAUCAUAGAAUCAAUUGCUUCAGGCGCCAUUGAAGUAUAAGAAUGCCAUUAUUAUUGGUGUUGCAAAUUUAAAAUAAAGCAUCUCGUAAGUUUAGUUGCAAGUAUGUAUGUUUGCUCUAAGCUUCAUUGAUAUUGAUACCCAUAAAUAA